GGAAGAAAGAAGUCCCGGAUGUCCUGAUAGUCUGCGUAUAUAAUGAAGUUAAGGCGGGACGAGUAGUUUUAAACGAGAUAAGAUAAAGAGCGUGUGUAGUGGUAAUCUGCGUGUUGGCAUAGCAGUAAUACAAUGGCUGGAGGCAAGGCUGGGAAGGAUUCCGGAAAAACUAAAACAAAAUCUGUUUCGCGGUCACAGAGAGCAGGAUUGCAGUUCCCAGUGGGCCGUAUUCACAGACAUCUGAAAACCAGGACGACGAGUCACGGUCGCGUUGGAGCGACUGCAGCCGUCUACAGUGCAGCGAUUCUGGAAUAUCUGACUGCAGAGGUGCUGGAGUUGGCGGGAAACGCCUCUAAGGAUCUGAAAGUGAAGCGCAUCACGCCCCGCCAUCUGCAGCUGGCCAUCCGAGGAGACGAGGAGCUGGACUCCCUCAUCAAGGCCACUAUCGCAGGCGGGGGAGUGAUCCCACACAUCCACAAGUCUCUGAUAGGCAAGAAGGGCCAGCAGAAGACCGUAUAACCCCCGACACGACCAGCUCCUCCCUGGGCCCAGGGACUGAGAACUUUCCCGUUUUAAGACUUUUUUUGGGGGGAGUUGGGUGAUGGGAGUGCAGGGUGCAUUGGCCCCCUGUUCAUUAUGGGUUAUUUUUUGGUUUGAUUUUUAAAGGAAGGUUGGCUUCAGAGAAGCUAGGAUUUGCAAUGUUCGGUUUUAAGUGCAGGUACUGAGCUGGGUAGUGAAUCAUGCGGUUUGACUGAAGUGACUUCACUUUUGCAAUGAGACAAUGGGAUUUCCACCAAUCAAAGUGCUUUGGUAACAGCCUGCAGAACUUCUGGCUAGACCUACAAAUGCCCUGUGGGAUUCCAGGAAGUAGUGUCAGCCAGUCAGUGGGCAUUCUUUAGUAGCUGUUACUAAUGUGCUUUGUGAUUGGUGGAGCUCAACUGGUGGACUGUACUGUGUACCAUUAAGGCCUUUAGUGUAACAGGAAGUCCUCUUAAAGCCUGGUUGUUUGCUGUGGGCAGGGCCUUAAAGAGACUGAGAUUAAUCAUAGACCUUACAUCCGGUGCAGAAACCAUUUUUGUGUCCUAUGCUGAAUGGUUUUCGGGGAGGUAUAAACCUGCUUAGGCUUCCUUUAUACUUUUUUUUUUUUUUUUUUUUUUUUUUCCAACCAAUGUAAUUACAUUUGGUAGUUAAAGACAAACAUGGUGAUAUUUUUUAUUGAAUGUCAAACAAAAUCGCUUUAAACAUCUUGGAGAACACCAGGGACAUAAUUCUGUUUACACCUUGGUUUUUUUUUUGGUUUUUUUUGCGCAGUCUGGUUUGUCCUUGAUCUAAGGUUCAAGCUUUAGUUUAUCCAGCUUGUUGUCCUUGACAAUGUCCUUGCCACUGUAUUUCAGUAGUAAAGCCACCACUCCAUUCAGAAUUCUCCACCCGAUCACUAUAAAGUUGUUACUUUGUACAUUUCUAAUCUUUUAGCAACAUUGAGAAAAUUGCUUGUCGAACUCCGAAAAAUGCAAUUCCACAAAUAAAACGUCUAAACUUUUA